AAUAAAUGAGAAACCGCGCAACCCAUCCGGCGCAGAGUGGAUGAAGACGGCGAUAUAUGCUUUUCAGAUUGUCUGGCAAAGAGACUACUGACUUAUUCAAUACAUUUAUCAUUUUGGCAUAUUCUGGGGUUAACACUUUUCUGGAUCGAAAAUUAAGAGAUACGCUUAAGGAUUAAUCAUAUAUUUAUUGUCCUCUGUGUAUUUUAACUAAGAAAUAGCCAAACCAUGUUUUCUGCUUGUAUGGAGUUUAUUGGGAUGGGGUUGUGCCUACUGGGCACACUCCUUGUGAUGGUGGCGUGCGGGCUCCCCACGUGGAAGGUGACGGCGCACAUUGAAUCGAAUAUCGUGGUAGCGCAGACAAUGUGGGACGGACUCUGGAUGUCGUGCGUGGUUCAGAGCACCGGACAGAUGCAAUGCAAGAUGCACGAGUCGGUGCUCGCGCUAAGCCAGGACCUUCAGACAGCUCGGGCCCUCACGGUUAUUGCGUCGGUUCUUGGGGUGGCAGGACUGGUUGUGACAAUAGCCGGGGCGCAGUGCACCAACUGCAUCAAGACCGAAUCGGUGAAAACCAAAGUGGUGAAUGCCGGAGGAGUGGUCUACAUUAUCAGCGGUCUGCUUGUGUUGGUACCCCUUUGUUGGAUGGCCAACAACAUUAUAGUGGACUUCUACAACCCAGCGUUGCCUCCGUCCAAUAAGAGAGAGAUAGGGGCGGCCAUCUACAUCGGGUGGGCCGCCACAGCCCUGCUUCUUGUGGGGGGAACAUUUCUGUGCUGCUCCUGUCCCCAUAGGGGCAAAAGCACCUGGCCCAUCAAGUAUGUCCCCACCAAAACCAUCUCGGCCAAAGGAGACUUUGACAAAAAAUACUAUGUGUAGUCGAGGAGAGGAGUUUUAUACAUAUCCAUACUUGGACACAGGACGUGGAGAGAUUUCAGGAAUUGUUUUAUUGACCAUUGGUCUACUUAGGCGACUCAACUUAAACGUCUUCACUUCAGUUUAAAGUGUGAGAAAACACCUGUAACUGUUGUAGACUAAAUUACAACUUCAGGAUUCAAUGCAGAGUUUUUGUGUAAUUCGUUUUUGUGUCUAAUAAUAUGUAUAAAAAAAGAAAUAUUUUAAUAUUAUUUUAAAAUUUGUAUGAUACGUCAAGAAUGUGAAUCAUAUGAUGGCCUAUCAGCCGUAUUUGGUGGGCUUUUGAUUCUGGAAUACAUCUUUAAGGUUUUUGUGAUGGUUCUGUCAGGGGACCAGCAACUGAAAAACAAAGUUUGCAUGAGGGAUGGACACUACAAAAGCGACUCAAAAUGAACAACUACGUUGUAAAGAUUUCACUCUUGCAUGUAUGUAUUUUUAUCGUUUAACAUAGCCUAGACUAAUGCUAUUGUCUUAACAGAAUACUAAUCUGUCACGGUAUGUGCAUGCAUUCUGUUAUUAAAGCCUAUUUCCAAGCUCAAUCAGCAGUGUAUGCUAGCAAGUUUGCAUUGACAUGUUAACAAUGACUGGUUUUCUAGAUGUGAAUACGUUUUGGUUCCCACACUGGAUUUCUUUUGUAAAAAAAUGGAAUGCUACUCAGACAAAUGUGCAUUCAUAUGAUGAUCAAGGGAGCUUAUUUGCAUUUGAAUACUGUUGUAUUGUACUGUACAGCUGACUGCAUCUAUAAGUUGUCCUUUUGCCCACUUCUGGCAAUUGUUUUUUAAAUAAUAAAACAGAAAUUAU